GAGCUGAUUCCUGCCCGGCAUGAUAAUAAGUUGAUGUUAUUAGUCCCUUGCAAAGAUCCAGACUCCGAGUCAACGCGGAUGUGGAGUCCAUGUCAGGUUUUAGUGGAGUCCUCCGCUCAGACAAGCUCCUGCAGACGGCAGCCUGCUCUCCGCUGCACUGGCGCUGUUUACUGGAAGCCCGCUCUGCGCUGCUUCCACCAAGUGUCUCAACACUGUGAGCGGGAUCUUUUCCAGAGGCGAGCCGCUGAAACUUGCCCACUCUUCACAGUCUCGUUCAGAGGAGCCAGGAAAGCAGCGUCGGCGGCUAAAGUAGCGGCGAGCGGGAGUCUCUUCUCCCCCACCACCACCCCCACCCCCUAUUCACCAGACACUGAAAGCCCCACACUCUUGUCUGUCCCUCUCAGUCACCCAGUCUCUCUCUCUCUCUCUCUCUCUCUGGGUCCCCGAGCUCCGCUUCUCCUCUCCUUGUUUGUUGUUGCUGCUCCGGGAGUGAAUGCGCGACAGGAGAGCCGAGACUGUGAGGCGCAGUAGGCGUUGAUGAGUCAGGACUGAGCGCAGAGCAACACCUUGCUUUUGCCAUGGAAGUGUGCGUCCGGUGCAGGGGAAUGUACGGGCUGAGAAGGGGACCUGCCGCCUGAUUGCCAGCCUCUGUCCCAGAUAAGGGGAGCAUGCCUCAGACCUGCAGAGUGAUUCUCUUCGCUGCAGAGGAGAUCCCAUCUGUCUAUCUGACUGUCUAUCCACAAUCUGACUUUUAAAUAGUUUGUUAUUGUUAUUUUUUUCUUCUUGCAAGUCACAUCCCUUCUGACUUCAUCAUCCCAGCCUGGUUGGCUUCACUUCUUUUCAAUAAAGAUAAUGUCUCUGCAAAUGAUUUAACCGCCCUCGUUGAGGCUCCUUCCAGUAAUUGAACAAGCAGAGACUGGGUGCUUUACAGGAAAACAAUAGUCAUAUUAUCUCAGAUCUCCACCACUCUGAGAUUCAACAAAACACUACCUUGGAUUGGACUUGGCGGACUACUUCGACGGUCUGAAUUGAAGAAACGAAUCAGGUGAGAGGAUCAAUGAUGAGCAUCUCUGAGACCAGCUGGCUUGGACUUUUUUAAUCAGAACCAUUCAGUCACAGCACAAUCCUGCCGCAAACCAUCACCAGGAGCCAUGGCAUGCUCCCUGUGGAAACUACACACCUUCUGCUGGUUUCUCAUCACACUAGCCCAAGUUCACUCCACAGAGGGGUUUAGUCGAGCUGCCCUGCCAUUUGGCUUAGUACGGAGAGAGCUGUCUUGUGAGGGCUACCCCAUUGAUCUGCGGUGUCCAGGAAGUGAUGUCAUAAUGAUCGAAAGUGCCAACUAUGGCCGAACAGAUGACAAGAUCUGCGACGCCGACCCUUUCCAGAUGGAGAACAUCAACUGCUAUCUUCCAGAUGCCUACAAGAUCAUGUCACAAAGAUGCAACAAUCGGACCCAGUGCAUUGUGAUCACAGGUUCAGAUGUCUUCCCUGACCCCUGCCCAGGGACCUACAAGUACCUGGAGGUCCAGUAUGAGUGUGUGCCCUACAAAGUGGAGCAAAAAGUUUUUCUUUGUCCUGGGACUCUGAAAGCUGUCGGUGAUCCUUCCUUUCUAUUUGAAGCGGAGCAACAAGCUGGCGCCUGGUGCAAAGAUCCACUGCAAGCCGGCGACAAAAUCUACUUCAUGCCUUGGACUCCUUAUCGGACAGACACUCUCAUUGAGUAUUCCUCCCUGGAUGACUUCCAAAAUGCCCGACAAACCAUUACCUAUAAGCUGCCCCACCGGGUGGAUGGGACUGGAUUUGUGGUGUAUGAUGGGGCCGUGUUUUUCAACAAGGAGCGUACCCGCAACAUUGUGAAGUUUGACCUGCGGACUCGAAUCAAAAGUGGUGAGGCAAUCAUCAAUAAUGCGAACUACCACGACACGUCGCCCUACAAGUGGGGUGGUAAAACAGACAUUGACCUGGCAGUAGAUGAAAAUGGGCUAUGGGUGAUCUACGCCACAGAGCAGAACAACGGUAUGAUGGUAAUCAGCCAGUUGAACCCCUACACACUACGUUUUGAGGCAACCUGGGACACAACCUAUGAUAAGCGCUCAGCCUCCAAUGCCUUCAUGGUUUGCGGAGUACUCUAUGUGGUCCGCUCCACCUAUGAGGACAAUGAAAGUGAGGUCAGCAAGAGCCUGAUUGAUUACGUUUACAAUACCAAACAGAACCGUGGGGAAUACGUUGAUAUCCACUUUCCCAACCAGUACCAGUACAUUGCAGCUGUGGAUUACAAUCCGCGAGAUAACCAGCUAUAUGUGUGGAAUAAUUUUUACAUCCUGAGAUACAAUCUGGAGUUUGGCCCACCUGAUCCAGCUCAUGCUCCACCACUGUCAGAAGUAACCUCGUCCCCUCUGCCUCAGAGAACUACAACCACCACCACAACAACCACCACAGUGCACGGGGGUGUGACCAACACUACCACCACAACAGGGCUCAAGGAGGGCAGCAGGGGAGCGCCCAAGCCGCCUCCCGUGAUUCCGCAGACUACUUCCCCUCCGCCCCUCGAGUCCUUCCCUUUACCUGAGCGCUUCUGCCAGGCCACAGAGAAAAGAGACAUAAUGUGGCCUCAGACCCAGAGGGGCAUGCUCGUGGAGCGACCUUGCCCCAAAGGAACACGAGGCACAGCCUCUUAUUUAUGUGUCCUUUCCACUGGGGCCUGGCACCCGAAGGGCCCUGAUCUCAGCAACUGUACCUCCCACUGGGUCAACCAAGUAGCCCAAAAGAUCCGCAGCGGUGAAAACGCAGCUAACUUGGCCAACGAGUUAGCCAAGCACACCAAAGGCCCCAUCUUUGCAGGGGACGUCAGCUCCUCGGUGCGCCUGAUGGAGCAGCUGGUGGACAUCCUGGAUGCUCAGCUGCAGGAGCUCAGACCCAGCGAGAAGGACUCUGCAGGGCGGAGCUUCAACAAGCUUCAAAAACGAGAAAGGACAUGCAGGGCAUACAUGAAGGCCAUUGUGGACACGGUAGAUAACCUCCUGCGACCGGAGGCAUUGGUGUCCUGGAAAGACAUGAACAGCACGGAGCAAACGCACGCAGCCACCAUGUUACUAGAUACUUUGGAGGAAGGGGCUUUUGUCCUUGCCGACAACCUUAUGGAACCCGCCAUUGUCAAAGUUCCGGCAGACAAUAUAAUCCUGGAUGUGUAUGUACUCAGCACGGAUGGCCAAGUCCAGGAUUUUAAAUUUCCACAAUCCAGCAAGGAUGGUAUCUCAAUCCAGCUGUCGGCCAACACUGUCAAGCUCAACAGUCGGAACGGGGUUGCCAAGCUGGUUUUUGUGCUCUACAAAAAUCUGAGCCAGUUCCUCAGCGCAGAAAACGCCACCAUCAAGAUGGCCAACGAGGGUUCCAGCCGCAACGUGUCGGUGGCCGUCAACUCCGACAUCAUUGCUGCCUCAAUCAACAAAGAGUCCAGCCGUGUAUUCAUUAAUGACCCGGUGAUUUUUACCCUGAAGCACAGUAAUAUGACAGCGGACUACUUCAAUGCCAAUUGCUCCUUCUGGAAUUACUCUGAGAGGAGUAUGAUGGGUUACUGGUCCACCCAAGGCUGCAAACUCUUGGACUCCAAUAAAACCCACACCACCUGCUCCUGCAGCCAUCUCACCAACUUUGCCAUCCUCAUGGCGCACAGUGAAGUCUCAGUUAAUGGCACGGUGCACGAGCUGCUUCUGAGGGUCAUCACUCGCGUUGGGAUCGUGGUGUCCCUCGUCUGCCUCGCCAUCAGCAUCUUCACCUUCUGCUUCUUCCGGGGGCUGCAAAGCGAUCGCAACACCAUCCACAAGAACUUGUGCAUCAAUCUCUUCAUCGCGGAGUUAAUAUUCCUAAUUGGUAUCGAUAUGACGAAAGCUGGGAUUGGAUGUGCCAUCAUUGCGGGGAUCCUCCACUUCUUCUUCCUGGCUUCCUUCUCCUGGAUGUGUCUUGAGGGGGUCCAGCUGUACCUCAUGCUGGUGGAGGUCUUCGAGAGCGAAUACUCCCGGAAAAAGUACUACUAUGUGUCUGGUUACCUGUUCCCUGCCAUCGUGGUCGGCGUCUCCGCAGCCAUCGAUUACAGGAGCUAUGGGACCGAGAAAGCGUGCUGGCUAAGUGUGGACAAUCAUUUCAUAUGGAGUUUUAUAGGACCUGUCACCUUUAUCAUCAUGCUCAAUCUCAUCUUCCUGGUCAUCACAAUGUACAAAAUGGUGAAGCACUCUACCACCCUGAAACCAGACUCUAGCCGACUGGAGAAUAUAAAAUCCUGGGUCAUGGGUGCGUUCGCUCUGCUGUGUCUGCUGGGCCUCACGUGGUCCUUUGGCCUCUUCUUCAUCAACGAGGCUUCGAUCGUCAUGGCAUACCUCUUCACUAUCUUCAACACCUUCCAAGGAAUGUUUAUCUUCAUCUUCCACUGCCUUCUCCAGAAAAAAGUCCGCAAAGAGUACAGCAAGUGCUUCCGCCACACCUACUGCUGCGGGGGGCUGCCAACUGAGAGCUCACACGGUUCUGCAAAGACUUCCACCACACGGACCAGCGCACGCUACUCCUCUGGUACACAGAGUCGUAUCAGGAGAAUGUGGAAUGACACCGUAAGAAAACAAUCUGAGUCCUCCUUUAUCUCAGGUGACAUCAACAGCACCUCCACCCUUAACCAAGGAAUGACCGGGAAUUAUCUACUAACAAAUCCUCUUCUUCGACCACAAGGCACUAACAACCCAUAUAACACCUUACUGGCUGAGACAGUCGUAUGUAACACCCCCACGGCUCCAGUGUUUAACUCGCCAGUGACCUACAGAGAGACAAGGCACUCACUGAACAAUGCGGUGAGGGAUACAAGUGCAAUGGAUACUCUACCGCUAAAUGGUAACUUUAACAAUAGCUACUCACUCCGCAAUGGGGACUUUGGCGACAGUGUGCAGGUAGUAGACUGCGGCCUCAGUCUGGACGAUGCUGCCUUCGAGAAAAUGAUCAUCUCCGAGCUAGUACACAACAACCUGCGUGCCUGUAACAAAAGCCACCAACAGCAACAGCAGCAGCACCCCAGUUUACACCAUCCACCCCACCACCAGCAGCCCCCGCAGUACCACCAUCACCACCACGCGGAGCGGGCUCCGCCCAAGGUGACAGUGAUAGGCGGCAGCAGCAGCGAAGAUGACGCUAUCGUUGCUGAUGCUUCGUCUUUGGUGCACGUGGGUGACACAGUGGGCCUUGAGCUGCACCAUCAGCAGGAGCUGGAGGCGCCGCUCAUCCCCCAACGGACUCACUCACUUCUGUACGCACCCCAGAAGAAGGUGAGGACCGAUGGGGGAGUUGAUACCUUUGUCAGCCAGUUGACACCCACCAACCCCGAUGACAGUCUGCAGUCCCCAAACAGAGACUCCUUGUACACUAGUAUGCCUAAUCUGAGGGACUCUCCAUACCCCGAGAGCAGCCCCGACGUGGUGGAGGACCUGUCCCCCUCCAAGGGGAGCGAGAAUGAGGACGUUUACUACAAGAGCAUGCCUAACUUAGGGGCUGGCCACCAGCUGCAGGCCUAUUAUCAGAUAGGCCGAGGGAGCAGUGAUGGUUACAUUAUUCCUAUUACUACAGAGGGCUGCAUCCCUGAAGGUGAUGUACGGGAAGGACAGAUGCAGUUAGUGACAAGCCUUUAAAUGUAUUUAAAUAAUCCCCAAACCUCUUCUUGCCCUGACCUCUUUGAGGACACACUAGUAAAGGGAAGGGAAGUGUUUGUUUUAUUUUUAAAGAGAGCUUAAAAGCCCCAUCAUACACACUAGCCAUUUACAAAACCUUCCCCUUCAGCUGCAUUGUCAUCUCCUUUUCCCUAAACAUACCACUCUACCUUCCCUGCAGACCAACAGACUUGGUGCACAGUGAUGGCAGUGCAAAGUUUCAGUGAGACUGUACAUAAAAUGCAGAUUUGAAUUUCAAUUUUAAGAGACAAGCCAACUAUGUAUUUAAGUGUGCUGCUGCUGUUGAUUAAUUGAGAAAAAUGUAAGGUACGAAAAUAAUAAAAGACACAAAAAAAAUAAAACACUACUGGCUACAUCAGAUCAGCAAUUUCCCGGUCAAAAGGUUGUACAUACACUUCCCAACAUCCCCGUUGAAGCCUGUUUUUUAAUCGUAAACAAAACAACACCCCUGGACCAGGACUUGGACUUUUUAAAAUGUUCCUGAUCAGACUGUUAGAAAAGGAAUAUAAGGUCCUGGUUGCCCAGAGUCGCUCUCCAUCACCAUGAAGUCUGGAUUGUAUAACCACUAGCAAUCAAGCCCCUGGCCUUAUAUUUUCUCAACUGUACAUUGAACUGUUGUCAAGGAAAAUGGCUAAAAUAUAUAUUUUGUUGUAUUGCUAGUGUAAAAUAAAAAAUCAUGGGAAAACAUAAAUAUGAAGAAACCUUUUAAUUGCAAAAUUUAACAUUUGAGAGACUAUUGUGUAGAAGUUGCACAUAUGUUAUACGGUGUGUUUAUGGUUCCAACACUUCAUUCAUGGUAGUAUGUUUGAACGUAAAGGUUUAUGAAAAGAAAGGAGGAUUCAACAAAUUACAAAGAAACAUUAUCACUUUUCCCACUUGUGAACAGUGUUUUUUGCUUAUUGAGUUCCAUUGAUAUCGCCCGUUGAAAUAUGUCUAUUUAAUUUUGCCAAAGUAUCAUUACUUUAGUAGAACGGGAAUGCAAAAACCCAGGUAAAGUGAUUUAUGCAUUGCACAGUUUUUUGUGUAAUUCUGAAUGAAAUAGAUCUUUUUAACAGUCACGACAGAGUGGUGGGCAAGCGCAAAUGAAACUGACUUUUGACAAUAAAGUUUCUAUCAUAAAUGUAGUUCUUCCGCCUGGGUUUGGACAUUUUAUUUAUUGAAAUCUUUCCAAAAAAUAAAUGGGAAAUGUGUGAAUAUUUUCCAGCACUGGUAUACAUGCUGUACUGUAGCUCAUGUUUUCUAUGUAAACAUGUUACCAAGGGGCUCAUCACUUAAGACUGAUGUAAAGUUCAACACUUGUUUAACAAAUAAAAUAAAUGUGAGAUUUUUGGUCAAAUUCUAGUUGCUUUUUAAUGGUUUGUGUUUUUGGUACAGUUUGAGAAAACAGGUUUAAUUAUUUUGCUAUGGACAAAAAUACACCUUUGACUCAGGUUAUAAGUAAGUCCCGAGCACCCUGUAAAGGUAAAUUGGUGAAUUUGUUUUCUAAGGGAUUUAUUUGCUUUUGUUCUGCCUUUUACUUAAGUCGCUGCAUAGUAGAGAGAGCUCAUUUCACCGUUUGUGUUAGAGAAGCCAAAUCUUUCCAUGUGAUUCAAAGAUGAGAAACUCAGGUAGGAAAAUUGCAUUGUAAAUGUUCCUCUGUGUGGUUGUAACACUAAUAAAGGUUAAAAAAUGACACUGG